UCCCGCUUAUAGAGGUCUGGAUCACAUUUAAAACACAUGUUCCUGCUCUUGUGUGCAGCUGUGUGUGUUUGGCAGCACCAGAAGAGGAGACACUGACAGGCGAUUAAACGGGUAGGGAACUCGAUCACCUGACAAACAGGCUUUAAAAACGGAAAGACGGGAAGACAGAAGCGAGUAGCAAGGCAACCCUUGAGGCAGCAGGACCAUCAGCAGUGGGACAGACAUAAGGGCAGACACCAAGACAGUUUCUCAUAGCUUUUUCAGAAUUUGCUCACAUCUUAGAGGAAGUAAUUGUGUGGCUCCUCUCGAACCUCAGGGCCUUUUUAAACGGACUAACCACAGUAGGAUCUGGAGACCUGAGGAGAGACACGGGGGAAGUUUAAUGUACAAAUAUUGUAACCACUGAAAUUAGCAGUUAAUAGAAGCCAGAAGUCAGCUGCCAGUCAGGAGGUGGGGAAAGAAAAGAAUUUGAACACAGAGGAAUUUGUUCAGUUUAGCUUGCUGCAGUCCUCUGAAAUACCUCACAGGCCUUUAGUCCACUUAGACAAAAAGGCUAGCAGUUUUCCAGAGAGUCUUGACUUUUCUUUUGUCUGACGUAACUUCCAGUAAACUCGUUGUUUAACCACCUCAGGUUCUGCAUCAAAGCCUCUGCAGUGAGAGGUGCAUGUUUUAAAGCCUCUUUAGCCUCCUCCAUUUGGCUUACACACACACACACACUCUCACUCUACUGUGCAGCUGGAAGAUCAAGAGUCUGUGUUGCACAUACCUGCACUAAGCACACUGAGUGUUUGUGUGGUCUGCGGGACUUGGCCGGUCUGGGAAACCGAGUCAGGGAGGCAGCCAGCUCUGAGUGCUUUCUGCCAGCAGUACAAGGAGACAAGUCCAUCUUGCCGAGUGCUUCAGAGAAAGUGAGCAGAGCCGAGGGACGGUGAUGAAGACGAAGCGGACUCUGUGCAGAAUCUCCUGCUUGGUCAGUCUGGUGGUGGAGCUGAGCUGGAUAAACGUGGGCCACAGCAUGCACAGAGAGGGAGGAGGUUGGGUAAAGAAGCAGUGGGAGAGGAAUGUGCGGUCAGCCUCCAGCCUGGAUGAGCUGCUGAAGCUCACAGACUUUCCUGACUGGAAGUUAUGGAAGUGCCGUCUGAGACUGCAGCAGCCAGAGGCCCUCUCCUCUCCACCUUCAGCCGGCUCACACCGCUCGACACGCUACGCUGCAGAAUCUUACAGUCUGGAGAUACUUAAAGCCAUAGAUGAAGAGUGGCAGCGGACUCAAUGCAUGCCAAGGGAAACAUGUGUCGAUGUGGCCAAGGAGCUCGGCACGGACCCCUCAAUGUUUUUCAAGCCACCCUGUGUGUCUAUCCACAGGUGCAGUGGCUGCUGCAAUCAAGAAGGCGUCACCUGCAGAAACACGACUACUGUAUAUGUGAAUAAAACCGUCCUUAGUGUCAUCCCAUUCAAGUCCGUACCAGAACCUGUGUUAAUUAAAGUAGCCAAUCAUACAGAGUGCAGGUGCAUGGAGCCCGCCAUAAUACGACGUAACGCUCAGCCUCACAGAAGCAGUGGCUGCUUUCCGAUGCGACAGCUGUCACAGGACUCAAGGAGACUUUGUGAAAGUGGGUUGAUUUGGGAUUGCUCAACUGACAGAUGCAUACCUUACCCUUCCAGCACACCAGAAUUCUUCAGCCUUCAUACAUGUGUGGAAGGGACACAGUAAAGUGAACUGAAGAUACUACUUUCCACUCAGUUCAUGGAUGCCUGACUGCGAGAUAGACACGGAACGCUGUGACUGUCUUCCUCAACCUGUGCCAACACUCCAGCCGAGACCGAUCCAUCGCUGUCAACUCAACUCUUCCAUCUGUGCCCACAAGCAU